UCAUUUAAAUCAAAUGAGUGAGCGAGUGAGAGUUUGCUGUGCGAGGGUUCGCUUCCUGAAUGUGUCAUGAUCCGUUUCACUCGCACCAAGCAACAGGCUGCUACGCUGCUGCUGGGAGGUUUAAAAGUGAUUUAAAGCUGAUUCUCUUAACGGGAGCUCCUUUUUUUUAACCGCGGCAGAGAUGACAUUGCAAUUUAAAGAUGCCUUUUGGGGAGAGGACUUCAUCAGCAACACUGGCUAUGAGGCCAUCAUUCAAAGACUUAAUGAUGGCCGACGGACGUGCAAAGACAUGGAGGAGCUGUUGAAAAUGAGGGCAUCAGCAGAGGAGAAAUAUGGAAAGGAACUGAUCACAAUAGCCCGAAAGGCCGGGGGCUUGUACGAGAUCUGCACUUUGAGAGCUUCAUUUGAUGAAAUGAAAACACAAAUUGAAAACACAGGAAACUUGCACAUUCAGCUAUCUGGGCUCCUAAAGGAGGAGGUGAAGAGAAUGGAGCAGUUCAGAGAGCGACAGAAAGAACAGAGAAAAAAGUUUGAAGCCAUCAUGGAGAAGGUCCAGAAAACAAAAGUCUCCCUCUACAAGAAAACAACAGAAUCAAAAAAGUCCUAUGAGCAGCGUUGCAAGGAGGCGGAUGACGCCGAGCAAACGGCUGAGAAGAUGGGCAGCGCUCCCACGGCUACUCCCAAACAGAUAGAGAAGUUGAACAACAAAUCUAAACAGUGCAGAGAUACUGCAGAAGAGGCUGAAAAACAUUACAUUUCCAAUAUUGGACAGCUGGACAAGGUCCGCCAAGAGUGGGAAUCAACACACAUUGAAUCCUGUGAGAUGUUUCAACAGCAAGAAGAAGACCGCAUCAGCGUCCUAAGGAACGCCUUGUGGGUGCACUGUAACCACUUAUCAAUGCAGAGUGUGAAAGACGAUGAGUGUUACGAGAACGUGAGGAAAACGUUGGAACAGUGCGACAUCGUCACAGACAAUAAUAGCUUUGUGGAGACGAAAAGAAGCGGCUCAUCUCCUCCAGCUGCAGUGGAGUACCAAAAUUACUACGACCGUAAUUCUGGAGCUGACAGAAACGGCAGCGCUGGAUUUGUCGGAGGAGUCAUGAAAAGGUUUACAAAUAUUUCCAGGUUUUCAAAUCUUCUGCAGGGGAACUGCUCCAGUGGCUCCAAACUGAGCAUCAAUGAACCAGUUACACAACCUGCUGCAGAACCAUCAGAUGGAGUCUACGCUUCCAUUCCUGGAUUUCAAGCAACACAGACAACCAGUAAGGAGUACAAAGCUGUGUACGACUACACGGCACAGGGGGAAGACGAACUCUGUCUUUCUGUCGGGGAUGUUGUUUUUGUCAUUGAGGAAGGUCAGGACGGCUGGUGGACGGUGAAAAGAAACGGCCUCACCGGACUGGUUCCAGGCUCUUAUCUAGCUAAAGAAUGAGUGUACCUGGCAGCUGUAUGUAGGACUGUACAACUACAUUUCCACAUGUACAUUCUCUAAAGGCCUUGUCAUUUCAAACUCCCCUCAUAAUUUGAUCUCACAUCUCGCUUACAUGUAUGACUGAAGCCUCUGUGAGUAGGAUUUGAACUUUUCCAACUUUGAUUCCACCUAGUGGUAGCAAUAUAAAAGACACUGUGGCUGACAAUUGCAUAAAUGUGAAUUGGACCCAAGAAUGAAAGACUGACAACAGCACAUUGCACCUACUUACACAGAUUGUCUCAUUUCUACCAAUAAAAAUAAUAAUUUCUUAAAAAGCAGCACAGGGGCUUCAAGAUAGAGUCGCAUGUGAGCAGUGAUGAGAGUGGAAUUUAAAAUAUUAUAUGUAUCAUAUUACUUAUCCUCACUGCUGGUGUUGAGUGCUUCUCAUACCGAAGCCAGCUGAGAGAUUUACUGAUGUCUUGCACAGGAUUAUGGCACUAGAGUUUAUUCAUAUACUGUAAUAUUCUUGUAUAUUUUAUGUCUUAAAAGUUUGCUGUUUGACUUCUGUUGUUGGCCCAUAUAAAUAAUUUCUACAUGUAAUUAUUAUUAUUUGUACUUUAAAUGCAAAACAGAUUGUUUGUGAAGCAUUUGUCUGUAUUUAUUCCAUAUAAAAGAUACAUUUUCUUUCUCUUUUUCAUUAUUUUUAGCCCCAAAUAAUUAAGAAAGCUGCUCAUUUUGCAUUAAAUGUAGUACUGCUUCAACUCUA